AGAAGCUCCCAACUUAUCGCCGGCUUCGCACGACUCUCCUGGAAGAACUCGAGGCUGGAGAUCAAGAUCAAGAUCAAGGAUCGACCAAGCACGUCAUGGACGUGAGCAGCUUGACCCGGAUGGAGAGGCAGAGGAUCAUCGAGAGAGCCUUCGCCACCACGGACCAAGACAACGAAACGCUGGUGGCGAGGCUGCGAGAGAGAAUCCAGGCGGUGGGAGUGCAAAUCCCGCGAGUGGAGGUCCGCUUCCAGAACCUCCGCGUCUCCGCCGACGCCUACGUCGGAUCCAGAGCCCUCCCAACGCUCGUUAACUUCGUGAGGAACAUUAUCGAGGGCCUCCUAGCAGCGUCCGGGGUCCUGGCCUCGAAAAAACGCGAGAUCCACAUCCUGAAAGACGUGAGCGGGGUGGUGAAGCCGGGAAGGACGAUGCUGCUGCUGGGGCCUCCCGGAUCCGGCAAGUCGACGCUCCUGCGAGCUCUUGCCGGGAAGCUGGAUCAAAGCCUCAAGACCACCGGAGCCGUCACUUACAAUGGUCACAGCUUGGACGAGUUCGAAGCUCGGAGAACUUCCUCGUACAUUAGCCAGGAGGACGAUCACAUCGGCGAGCUUACGGUCCGCGAGACGCUCGACUUUGCUGCUCGCUGCCAGGGAGUUGGAUUCACGAUCGAUCUACUGAUGGAGCUGCUGCGGCGGGAGAAGCGCGAGAACAUCCGGCCGGAUCCAUGCAUCGACGCGUUCAUGAAGCUGGCGGCGGUGGAGGGCGCGCGCCACAGCGUCCGGACGAACUACGUGAUGAAAGUCCUGGGCCUGGAGAUCUGCGCGGACACGGUGGUGGGGAGCGACAUGCUGCGCGGCGUCUCGGGCGGGCAGAAGAAGCGCGUCACCACCGGGGAGAUGAUCGUCGGGCCCAAGAAGACGCUCUUCAUGGACGAGAUCUCCACGGGGCUGGACAGCUCCACCACCUUUCAGAUCGUCAGGUGUGUCCGCAACUUCGCGCACUCGCUCGAGGGGACGGUGCUCAUGGCGCUGCUUCAGCCACCUCCGGAAACAUUCGAGCUCUUCGACGACGUCCUGCUCCUCGCCGAGGGUCACAUCGUCUACCUCGGCCCCCGCGAGCACAUCCUCGACUUCUUCGCGAGCUUGGGCUUCCAGCUCCCGCCCCGCAAGGCCAUCGCGGACUUCCUCCAGGAGGUGACGUCCCGGAAGGAUCAGCAGCAGUACUGGGCGGACGAAACACGGCCUUACAGCUACGUCCCGGUCGCCACCAUCGCCAGGGCUUUCAAAGGCUACGAAGUUGGCAAGGACCUCGGACUCCACCUCGGGUCCCCGUUCGAGAAGGAGUCCGGCCACCCCGCCGCGCUCACGAAGACCAAGUAUGGAAUCCCGCGCUGGGAGAUGUUCAAGGCAUGCACCGAGCGCGAGUGGCUUCUCAUCAAGCGCAACCGGUUCCUCUACUCGUUCCGGACUGCGCAGGUCGCGUUCAUGGCGUUCGUGGCCGGGACCUUGUUCUUGCGGACGAGGAUCCAUCCGGACAGUGAGAGCGAUGGAAAUCUCUACCUCGCCACGCUCUUCUACGCGCUGGUUCACAUGAUGUUCAAUGGUUUCUCGGAGAUGGCGAUCACGGUUCAUCGGCUGCCAGUGUUCUACAAGCAGCGGGACAACCUCUUCUUUCCCGGCUGGGCGUUUUCGCUCCCAAGCUGGCUGCUCCGGAUACCAUACUCGGUGAUCGAGGGAGUGAUCUGGUCGUGUAUUGUCUACUACAUGGUCGGACUGGAUCCACAGCCGCAGAGGUUCUUCCGCUAUAUGUUCUUGCUGGUUCUCAUGCACCAGAUGGCUCUUGCGAUGUUUCGCUUCAUCGGUGCCGUGGGGAGGAACAUGAUCGUCGCCAACACGUUUGGAUCGUUUGGGAUUCUUAUUGUUUUCCUCCUCGGGGGCUUCGUGAUCGAUAGAACUCACAUACCAGGGUGGUGGAUCUGGGCUUAUUGGCUCUCGCCGCUCUCGUACGCCGAGAACGCGCUGGCCGUGAACGAGUUUGGAGCUUCACGGUGGGAUAAGUCCGUGCAUGGUGACGACGGAAAGCUCUACGUGAAGAUCUUGAAGCCGAGGGGCCUCUUUGUGGAGAGUUACUGGUAUUGGAUCGGGAUUGCGGUGCUGGUCGGGUAUAUAGUUUUGCUCCAGCUGCUGGGAACGCUCGCUCUCUCGUAUCUCAAUCCUCUCCGGAAGCCUCAGGCCGUGGUCUCGGAGGAAAGUUUGCGAGAGAUGGCGGACAAUGACGCGGAAGUUCUGACGAAGAAAGGGAUGAUCCUGCCGUUCCAGCCGCUGGCACUAACUUUCCAGAAGGUUUGCUACUUCGUGGACGUUCCGGCCGAGAUGAGAGCCCAGGGAGUGACCGAGGACAGGCUCCAGCUUCUCCGGGACGUGAGCGGAGCUUUCAGGCCGGGGGUUCUUACAGCGCUCGUCGGCGUGAGUGGAGCCGGCAAGACGACUCUCAUGGACGUUCUUGCGGGGAGGAAAACCGGGGGAUACAUCCAGGGCGACGUGAGGGUCUCCGGGUUUCCAAAGCUCCAGAAAACUUUCGCGAGGAUCUCCGGCUACGUGGAACAAACGGACAUACAUUCCCCACAGGUGACCGUCUACGAAUCGCUCGUUUACUCCGCGUGGCUGCGACUCCCGGCCGAGGUGGACGCCGCCACCCGCUAUUCGUUCGUGGAGAAAGUCAUGGAGCUGGUUGAGCUUGGCAACUUGAGAAACGCCCUCCUGGGACUUCCAGGAACGUCGGGGCUGUCCACCGAGCAACGCAAAAGGCUGACCAUCGCCGUGGAGCUCGUUGCCAACCCCUCGAUUAUCUUCUUGGACGAGCCAACGUCGGGUCUGGACGCUCGAGCAGCUGCGAUCGUGAUGAGAACCGUGAGAAACACGGUGGACACCGGAAGAACAGUGGUUUGCACCAUCCACCAGCCGAGCAUCGAUAUCUUCGAGUCGUUCGACGAGCUCCUGCUGAUGACUCGCGGGGGCCGAGCCAUCUACGUCGGCCCGCUGGGACUCCACUCCAAAACCAUGGUCGACUACUUCCAGUCCAUUCCAGGAGUUCCUCCGCUGCGAGAAGGCUACAAUCCAGCGACCUGGAUGCUCGAAGUCACGAGCCCCUCGGCGGAGCUCCGGCUAGGCCAAGCCUUCGCGGACAUCUUCCAGAACUCCAUGCAGUACCAAGACAACGAGAAGUUGAUCGAGUCACUGAGCUCUCCAGCUCCAGGAUCCAAGGAUCUCGAGUUCCCGACCAAGUACUCCCUGGACUUUUGGAGCCAGUGCCGGGCUUGCCUGUGGAAGCAGCACUUGACGUACUGGAGGAACCCAUACUACAACGUUGUCCGGCUCUUCUUCACGCUCGUCUGCGCGCUCAUCUUCGGCUCAAUCUUCUGGGGCGUGGGGAGGCACCGUGAGACGCAGCAGGACGUUUUCAACGCCAUGGGAGUCUUGUUCGCGGCGGUGGUGUUCCUGGGAGUAAACAACGCGUCCAGCGUCCAGCCGGUGGUGUCCGUGGAGAGGACCGUGUUCUACAGGGAGAGGGCAGCGGGGAUGUACUCGCCGCUGCCUUACGCAUUCGCGCAGGGGGCGAUCGAGCUCCCAUACAUCUUCGUCCAGACGCUCCUCUACGGCGUGGUCACGUACGGCAUGGUCCAGUUUGAGCUCUCGCUCGUCAAGUUCCUAUGGUAUCUCUUCUUCAUGUUCGUCACCUUGGCGUACUUCACGUUAUAUGGGAUGAUGGCAGUGGGGCUUACACCAUCACAGCAGCUGGCUUCGGUGGUUUCCUCGGCCUUCUACUCGCUCUGGAACUUGUUCUCGGGGUUCUUCAUCCCCAAGAGGAGGAUCCCCGGGUGGUGGCUGUGGUUUUACUACUUGAACCCGGUCAGCUGGACGAUCUAUGGGCUGACGGUGUCGCAGCUCGGGGAUGUGGAGGACGAGAUUGGAGUUGGAGAUGGAUUGGAAACGAUGAGCGUCAAGGAGUUUCUGGAGCGAUACUUCGGGUUUGAGGAGGGAUUUGUGGGAGUUUGCGCGAUGGUGAUUUUGGGGUUUAUGCUGCUCUUCUGGCUCGUCUUUGCGUUCUCCAUCAAGUUCAUCAACUUCCAGAGGCGAUAG